AUGUCGCAGCCGUUUGAAAAUUCGCCAUCACACGAGCAAUACGCCGACAACAGCAAAGAUACUUUCCAGCUGGUCAAAUCAGCAGAACUUGUUGACCAAGCAAGUACUUCUCUGAAUUAUAACGCUUCUAGCUCUGCCCUGUCGGUGGACGAUCGUGGUUUGAAACAUGGAUUAAAAGAACGUCACUUGUCCUUGAUGGCGCUUGCAGGUAUUAUUGGGCCAGGUAUUCUUGUUGGUGCUUCAAAUGCAUUGGCUGAAGGACCGGCUGCAAUUUUGAUUGGGUUUGGUGCCAUUGGAAUUAUUGCUUUUUUCAUGAUGCAGUCAUUAGGUGAAUUAGCUACGUUGUAUCCAUCUGGUGGUGCUUUUUCAACUUUAGGAAUCAAAUUUGUUGAUUUUGGAUGGGGUGCCAGUGUUGGAUGGAUGUAUGUAAUUAUUUGGAUUGCUGUGUUGAGUAAUGAAUAUAAUUCAGUGGCUAGCAUAUUACAAUUUUGGGGUCCACAAGUGCCACUUUAUGCGUAUGUGUUGAUACUUUGGCUUCCAUUCUUGUUGUUUCAAUUUUUAGGUGUUGCCAUUUUCGGUGAAGUUGAAUUUUGGUUAGCGUUGUUUAAGAUCUUGGGCUUGGUGGCAUUUUAUAUUUUCUCAAUUGUUUAUGCUGCUGGUGGAAUUAAAGGGAACAAGGCAUUUGGAUUCCAUUAUUGGAAUGAUCCUGGUGCUUUUGCAUCUGGAUUCAAAUCGGUUGCUAGUUGCUUUACAUUUGCCAGUACUUUCUACAGUGGUACUGAAAUUGUUGCUGUUUGUGCUGCUGAAACUAGAAAUCCAAGUAAAGCUGUUCCUAAUGCUAUUAGACAAACUUUCUGGCGUAUCUUGAUUGUUUACAUGGGAAUUGCUAUUUUCUAUGGUAUGACUGUUCCUUACAAUGAUGACAGAUUGGGUAGAUCUACGAAAGCUUUGAAAUCACCAAUGACUAUUGCCAUUCAAAGAGCCGGAUGGGAAGGUGGUGCUCAUUUGAUCAAUGCUUUUAUUGUUGCUGUUUGUGUUUCUGCUAUUAAUUCAUCAAUUUACACUGGAUCAAGAGCUAUGGUACAUUUGGCAAAUGAAAAAUGUGCACCCGCAAUCUUGAAAAGAGUCAACAAACAAGGUGUCCCUUAUGCAUCUGUCAUUCUUAUGAAUUUGUUUGGUUUGAUUUCGUUGAUGAAUCAAAGUACUGGUGCUGCAGAAGCAUAUAACUAUAUCGUUAACAUAUCUGGUGUGGCUGUGUUUAUCGUUUGGGGUAAUGUUUGUUUCUACCAUUUACGUUUUAGAAGAGCCAUGAAAUUACAAGGAAGAUCCACUGAUGAAUUACCUUAUAAAGGGUUAUGGUACCCAGUAUUACCAAUUGCUGGUGUUGUCUUGAACAUCUUUUUGGCUUUGAUUCAGGGUUGGUCAACAUUUAAACCAUUCUCAGGUAAGGAUUUUGUUGAUGCUUAUAUCUUGUUACCAGCAUUUUUUAUAUUUUUCAUUGGUUUCAAGUUAUGGCACAGGUCUAAAUGGGUUAAUUUGAGUGAAGUUGAUUUGGAUGAAGGAAGAAGACAAGAUUCUGAUUUUGUCGAAGAUGGUGAAAAGGGUGUCGAUAUACCAAUUGGUGAAGGACACAAGAUCAAGUGGAAGCCAUGGGAAUUGUUUUAG